ACAAGCACAUUGUGGACAACAAGCGAUCGUAAAAUUUGCGAAUUAACAAAAAUCUGUUGGAAAAAUGCCUGCUUUUAAGCUGACAAAAGAACUCUUUAUUAAAGACAAAUUAAGCAAUAAUAUUGUGCAUUCCAUUCAUAGUAUGCCUAAAGAUGAUGACCUUAAAUCUGAUCUGCUUCAAAUAUUAAAUGUUGAAAAUGCUAAAGAUCAAAUUGAAGUUUUGAAAAAGGUAUCAAAAGAAAUCAGCAAUAGAAUAAAAAACAAUGCAGAUAAUGAAGAUGUAGUUUUAGCAUUAAACUAUUUGGUGCAUAUUUUCUUUAUUAGUACCAGUAAAAACCCAUGCAGGAGAGUUUUAAUCAGCAUCUUCCAAGGAUUGCCUGAAAAUGUAAGAAGCAAGGUGAUUGGUCCAGCAUUCAAACAUGCUCUGCAUGAGUUAUGCAACCAUCCAAUAAAGAUAUCUGAUAGUGAAUCAGAUGGACCAAUCAGAUUUGUUGACACAGUUGAUCUAAGGCACAAUGUUGACACAAUAGCUGCUGUUAUUGAGAAUUUCCCUCUAGGAGAAGACUGUGUUAGUAAAGUGUGCUUGGAAAGUUUGACAUACCUUGGAAAACUACAAGACAACUUCUUUUAUUCUUAUGGUGAUUGGUUAUCCCCAGUGCAACAAAAUGAGGUAAUGCAUCACUGUCUGGAAACUGUUAAACUAGCCAACAGAAUCUGCCAGAAAUCUUCAGUAGCCUUGGAAACCAAAUUAAAAGAUGAAGUUUUAUUAGAAACAUACAGACAAGUGGUUACUCAGUUUAUUAGUAUUGACAUUAAGAUAUUACAAACAGAUGAUUUUCUACUAGAUUGUAAGACAACAAGUGCUAUGAACAUUUGGCUGAUGUUGAAAUUUUGCCUGGAUAGAGAUCAGCUAAUUUCUCAGGCUUCAAAGACGAUGUUCAAACACAUUGAUUGGUUACUUUUGUCCUUCAAACAAAUUGAUAGAUCACCUUAUUGGUUGCAAGAAUUAAACUUUGACCAUUUGACUAGGAGCAAUUUAUCAAGCUCAGCCUACCUGUGUAGUGUCUAUGGAUUUUUAGCAAUGGUUGCUAUGGAAACACUGUUUCUUCCUGUUGAUGGAAAAUGCUUGAUAUUGGAUGUUUUGUUACAAGAGUUUUUAGAACUAAGCAAAAGCUCAAGUGAUGUUGGUAGCAAACUUCUAGCAGCAAAAUCUGUCUGUUUUUUAACUCAGAAAGUCAGAGAUUAUUGUAGUCAAGGAAAUAUUAUACCAGUAGAGAUAGAGAAACGGUUGCUAGGAGACAGUGAGAAUAUGAAAGCUGUAUUACAGUUUGUAUGGACAGCAUGGGAAGAUUCUGUAGAUGCUAUUAGAUUUACAGUGAAAGAUGUCUUUGAGAAUGUAGUGGCCAUACAUGUUCAUCUUAAAAGUAACACAGUGUCAGCUAAAGAUGACCCACUUCUUCACCAUGUAGCAUUAUCAAUCUUAAAUGAUGUAAGCUGGUCAUGUAAAGGAAAGUACCCCACCCUAUCAGUUCUUGUCAGCCAUCUUGGAAGUACCAGUAUGUUGAUGUUGCAUCCUGGGAUUGCUGGAGAAAUACUUGAACAGAUGCAGGAGCAAACACUGGCUUGUUAUGCUAGUGGACUUUAUGAAAAAAUGUUCAUCAGUCAUAGAGCAGAACUAACCAAUGACCAAUCAGAAAGCAGUACCUGGUUCCAACAGUGGCUGGAACCCAUUCUUACAGUAUUGUGUGGAAACAAUGUGCUUCAAAAGAAGCAUAUCAUAGAGUAUAUUUUACCAAAGUUAUUGAAGACUGGUACCACGACUCUACAUUAUAUAAUACAGAGAUUGUCUAUAAUGUCAGGUGAUAAUACAACACACCAGUCUACAGGGAAUUUACCUUGUACACAUACUGAGAAUAAAGGUUUGUAUGAUUUAACCACUGAUUUCUUAAAUUUUGAUUAUUCACACUCUUUGCUUAAGACAAGAUUUCUAUAUUUAAUUGAAUUGAUUAUAAUACUGCAGUGCACAUUGUCAGCAUCAAUUUUCAUUGGACAAGCCUGGCAUUAUAUUACCUAUAUGUUACACAUGGUUGGUAAUGAAUACAAACAAAUAAUGUGUAUGAAUAUUGUAGGGGGAGAAAUUGGAGCCCUUGUUAUAUGUUUAUGUAGAGCCCGUGCCCUCGGGCUUCUGAAGACUGGGUCAUGUGGGAGUGAUGGAGGAAGCACGGGAGAAUUGUGGUGUGGAGUGGUGGAUGUUAAUCUUCUCAAACAAGCUCUCAUCUGUAAUGAUGAUCAGAUCAGACUAGAUGCGUUUGCACUACUAUGUGAGAAUCAGAAGACAUCAGAAACUAUCAGUAUGACAGAAUUACAACUGAUCACAUAUUUUAUACCUCAAAACUUAAACAAUCAGAACCCUGCCUUCAGACAACAUUUCCUAUCACUACUUAAAAAGUUUGUUUCAAGAAUGAAGGAAAGUAGUGUAGCUCUGAAGAGAAAAGUAAGCAAGGAUAAAACAGCUGCUGGGAACUUGAGGCAGUACAAGAUGUUUCUAGAGCAACUAACAAGGCUAAUGUUCAGCCAGUUAUAUCCUGGUUCAGUAUUUGCGAGAAGAACCACAUCCCUUGGUGCUCUUGUUCUGUUGAAAGAGACUUUUGGAGGUCACAAUAAUGGUUGUGAAAAGGAAUACAGUUUCUAUGAUUGUGAAGAAAACGUUGUUAAAGAGCUGCUGGACAUCAGUCUAUCCUUGUCUGAGAGUACACGACCUCAAGACAGUACUACAGCUGCAUAUCUCCUCUCUGUGUUAACACAUCAGCAUAAUAUGCAUACAGUUCUUACCCAGCAUAUUCAAACAAGUCAGUCUGAGGAUCUAAAAUGUGACUUAGAAACAGAAGCCUUAAAAAGUGACAAUGGAAAGGAAUGUAUUGAUGAAACUAAUGUAAUUAAAAGUGAGAAUGAUAGGGAGGUUCUAAGAGAGGGUAAAAAUAAGAAGUCAUUGGUUAAUGUAAGAGGUGGAGACAGUGAGCUUGUGAGGAGAUAUAUAUUGCUGGAGAUACUGAUGAAAAAUUUACAGAUCCAGACAGAGACAGCCAAGUCAAGCUUGAUUGUAGCAGCUGCUAACAAACCCCUAUACCCCACCAUACAGUGUAUGAGAUAUUGCUUUGCUGAUAUACAAUAUAGGAAUAUACCAUCCGAGUGUGUUGUUGACUGGAGGAAUCUCGUGGCCAGAUUUAUUGCUCUAUGUUUUGAGAUAUCUGGGGUUGUCUCCCCUGUUGUAUGUAAUUCCUCCCCUGAAGGCAAUGUACCAGUUGAUGCUGUGACAGGUAUUGAGAAUCUAGAAGAUGGUGAUAGUGAGAAUGUUAGUAAAAGUAAGGAAACAGUAAUGUUGAUGCCAGAAUACCUGAUAGUAUGUUGUUGGAGAAGUGUGAAGGAGAUCUCUCUCCUCCUCGGACAGUUGACAUCUGAUUUACCUAUAGUUAGUGUAGAUACACACCAAGGCUUGUUAACAUAUGAACAGGUUGUACAAGUAGGAGAGUUUUUCACAACACUCUUAUUAGAAUCAAAACAUAGAGGUGCAUUUGAAUUAGCUUAUACUGGCUUUGUCAAGGUCACUGACAUGCUGUGGAGGAGUAGUGAUGCUGACCUCCACCAUCUGCCUAAGAAAUGGUUGAGUGAAGUUAUGGUAGAUAUAAAAUCUAACGACCCUGAGUCUCGUCUCUGUGCUACCAGAAGAAGUGCUGGUGUACCAUUCUAUGUGCAGGCUCUAGUUACAACAGAACCCUCAUCUACAGGGAGACAAUGUUUUAGACAGACCAUGCAGGAACUACUGACCCUAGCCUUCGAUGAAACCAUUAUUACACAGGAAAAAUGUACUGCCAAGGUACAUGCACUGAAUAUUUUGAGGGCAAUGUAUAAAGAUUCAAGAUUGAGAGAUGAUGUAGCACCAUACCUUGCAGAUGGUCUGAAAGUGGCAAUAUUAGGGUUCAAGUCUCCACUUUGGGCGGUACGUAAUUCAGCAACAUUACUGAUGACUGCUAUGAUGACGAGAAUAUUUGGUGUGAAGAGAAGCAAAGAUGAGACCACAUUCUCCAGAAAGAACUGUCAGACAGGAAGGACAUUUUUCUACAACUAUCCAUCUCUGUACCAGUUCCUGUUAGAGCAGAUUGCCAUGGCAACAGAGCAUGUGACCAGUCAGCUGCAUCCAGGACUGUUCCCCAUUCUCAUGGUUUUAGGCAGACUUUUCCCAUCAGCUAUGGAAGGAACUGAUACCAGUCUAAACCUUGCAGCAUUUAUUCCAUAUGUUGUCAAAUGUAGUGCAAAUCCAGUUUUGAAAACUAGAGAAAUGGCAGCAAAAGCUCUUCAACCAUUGGUUGAAAAGGAUCAGGUGACCUCAGUGUUCCAUGACCUUUUGACCUUAUUACCACACCAGCAAACAGAUGUCAUGAGACAGAAUCAAAUUCAUGGAGUUCUUUUGCAGAUAUCGCAGCUAUGUAGAACAAUACCAUUACUUCCUGAUUCUAUACAGUAUAGACUAUCAUCUGUCAUACAUGACAUGUGGACUGACAGAAUGUGUAUUCUUAUGUCAAGACAUAACAGAUGUUUAGCUACCAGAACAGUUGCAUUGAACAUAACUUUCAAUUUUGUUCAACAUUUUGGUGACAAAGACAUUUUUGUCAGCAGUUUGUCAGACAUUGUCAGUACAGAAGUACUAAGUUUGGAUACAGCUUAUGAUCCCUGUACACCUGCCUUGUCAGAGUUUCAAGCUACCAUUUGUAAAUUGUAUUGUGAAAUUUACCUGAGUGUUCAUAAUGAGAGACAUGGGCCAGAUUCUGUAAGUGAGACGGUAGAUAAUGGAAUAGAAGCCAGUGGGAAAUUUACAGAGAGUGAAGAUAGCUAUAGGUCCAGUAAAGAAGAAACUGAUGGAGGAAAACUUCAGUCAAGUGUGGGACAAGGUGAUGGUAAAGUUUUGCAGAUCGAUGAAGUGAAAAAUGUAAUACUAAAGUGUUUGAAGUCAAAUUCGUAUGAAGUAAGGAAAGAAGUUUUGUCACAGCUUGGAAAUAUGAUGUCAGAAAUAAGAGAAGACUGUGGAUCAGAGAAUUUUGCUGAGUCAUCUAAUAUCACUGAGAAUAGUAAAGUGUUGCCGGUGAAGAUAAUCCCUCAGUUAUUGGGUAUGCUGGUCACAGAAAUUCAUGAAGAAUGUAAAAUAGAAAUUCUAGGUUUGUUGGAGAAGAGUUUAGGACAUUGUGAUAUAUCUGAUAGUAUAAUAUUGACAUUGAUGCAGUCUGUACAGGUGAUAACGAACCAAUUACAGCUUCAAACAUGCAGUGACAAAUUAACAGCAGCUGCCAUAACAUUUACUGGGAUGGCAAUAAGUCAGCUCUCUAGAAUGUUUACUAAUGGACCUAAUAAUCAAACUACAGCAAGUAAAGUGAUUUUAGAGCAAGACCAUGAAGACAAACACCAUGUUUCUAUGGCAACACAUGUUGUGUUGUUUGUUGAUAUUAUAAGAGGUUAUACAGAACAGAUGGAAACUAGUUGUGACAUUCUUCUAGCAUGUGCCAAGGCUUUGCUGCAGAAUGUGGAUAUUUUACUUGGAACUGAUACUCAAACCUGUCUAAAAAAUACAGAUGAUGUUUUCAAGUCUGUCCUUGACCUUUUACAAACAGAUGACAUUGAGGUCAGGGAGACAGCUGCAGCUAUUGUGUAUUCUAUGUCUUCACAACAGAUCAAUGCAUAUGGACAUCCUUAUAUAGCCAUUAAGGAUCUUUUAGAAAAUUGUGUUUCACAAGGUAAACUGUCAGAUGGUAGACAAGAUUUCAUAAAACUUUUAUUUGAUAUGAUGCUAGAGGACAAAGACGACAGCCAGGAGUACGAGGAGAGAUUGUUUGAUAGAGGAGAAAUGAAUACAUACUGGGAUGAACUUGAUUUUAUACAGGUUAUACAAAUUGUAUAUGUAACUUCCGUAUUUGAUAUUUUCUUAGCCAACAAAAAUAUCAUUUCAUUCUGCCUAGAUUGCAAGAAAUAUCAGUUUUCAUCCUUAACAAAGAAAAAAUGUUUUAAUCCUAAGACCCUUGAUCUUAAUAUAUUGAAGCCUAUGCUGGAAAGUGCCAUUAUGAAAUAUGUUCAGUGUGAUAGUGUCUGUCAGUCAUCUAUGAUAAAACCAGCAGUAGUGUUGGAAAGUGGCCCUGGACACAAUGAACAUAUACACCAAUCAGAACACUGGAGUAUUAUAAGGUCAGCAGUAAAGGACUACUUUCAUAGUGGUCAUGUGAUUACAUCUGAUCAUAGACAACUGGAAACAGAUGCUACUGAACUUACCUUCCAAAAUAUAUUCUUCAACACAUCAUCAUACCAGAAACAUGUGUUAUCACUUUAUAGGACAUUAAUAAUGAUCAAAUAUGGUAAACUAUUGAGUUCUAACUGUGAUGAAAAUGUGACUAGAGUAGUUGAGAACACUGUUGUAAUGUUAAAAGACACAACAGAUAAAUAUAUAUGGCUUCCAGUGCUGUAUGAUAGUUUGAUCAAACUUUAA